AUGAACUUUGCUUGCGGUACAUGCUGGAAAACAUGGCCUACUUUGCGAUCCCGUGACCAGCAUGUAGCAGACACUUCACAUGAAGUCCCAGACUUUGAAUGCUACACAUGUGAUCGCUACUUCAAGAGCCAUUCUUCUCUUGAGCAGCAUAUGAAUGAUCUCGGCCACUGGGAUGCUUCAGCGUUGGAUUCAUCGGAAGAGUCCACCUACUAUUGCGAUUUCGACUAUUGUGACGAGGAACUUGAUACUUUAGAUGAUCUGAGGAAUCAUGAGAUCAACGAUCAUCUCUAUUGUGAUCCGUGUGAUCGGUCUUUUAAAGACUUGAACAGCAUCAAGAUGCAUCUCCGAAGUAGGGUACACCAAGGAGAGAGUCAGCCCUGCCCUUUCUGCGGCCAUCUAUACGUAACUGCAGCGGGUGUCUUCCAGCAUCUUGAGAAUAACGGCUGUCCCAAAGCUCCUUUAAACAGGAUGAUGGUUUACGAGACAGUUAAGAAUCGGGAUCCAAACGGCUUGCUGACCAUGAAACUCCUCGACUGGUCCCAGCCCGCCGAGUACAAGGCCACUGAAAGAUCCUGGAAUGCAACCACAAGGACUUUCAAUUGCUCCCUCUGUGGGUCUCGUUUCAACAGGCUCCAAUCUCUUAAUCAGCAUCUUCAGUCGCCAAAGCACGAGCAAAAGUUGUACCAUUGUCCAAAAAAGGGUUGUGAUAGGCAAUUCAACACGCUUGCUGCCAUUACCAAUCACUUGGAAAGCGAGCAAUGCAAUUUCAUGCGCUUUGAGGAUGUUCAAAAGGCUGCAAGUCGAAUUUUCGACCCUGGUCGUAUGAUCGCUUUUUAG